AUGGACGAGUAUUUGCGUGAGAGUGUUACACCAAGGAACCCACCCUUUAAAAAGAUAGUGCUCUGGAAUAGCGCUUUCUUUCAGCCUGGCAAUGAUUUCCGCAUUGGACCUGGUCGUGAUAAACUACGUAAAAUAGGAUGCCCUGUGUGGCAAUGCGAGCUGACCACCAAUCGCACUGACGUCCAGAACACGGACGCUGUUGUCUUUCACUACGGCAACUGGACUAUGAAUGAUUUGCCAGAGCAAAGAUCAUCGCACCAAUUUUACAUUUUCUGGAGUAGAGAAGCUCCUAAGUGGCGUCCUUAUCUCCCAUUUAAAACGGACCUAAUGGCGGAUUUCUUCAACUGGACUAUGACUUAUCGAUGGGAUUCAGACGUGGUAAUGCCACACGGUUACAUCAAACCCAUAGGACACGUCCCACUUCAUCCCAGCGACGACCAGAUGAAGCUUUAUUUGUCCAAUCCAACAGGAUCGGUUAACAACUCAACUACGUCACUGAAAAGUACGAAACCGCAUACGCUUUUCAAUAUUAUGCAGCUACCGGUGGUCCCCGUCGUUUACGAUCUUCACGACAAUCACGAAUCGCCACAAGCAUUCGUUUAUCAACGCGGCUAA